AUGGCACUUGACGGGGUCUUGGAUGCCAUCUUGGCGGUUGCAACACUCACCUUAAGAGCCACUGCUAUCUUGUUCACUCGAUUCCACCCUCUCGGCAAGCGAUAUUUGAAUCGUAUUUAUGGAAGUAUAGCACUGUAUCUCGGAGGAAUCCUGCUCCGGUUGAUUCUGCCUCCAGGGCCAGCCAGGUCUCGGAAGAGACGCCAUCCAGUGCUCAUAUUACUCCUUGGCUGUGUCGAUCAGACAUCACUCCUUGCAAGCUUCGGCACAGUUGUUUUGAACUUGUUAUCACUGGGCGCGGUGUGGGAUUUCCUGUACAGAGGACACUUCGCACACCAGAGCAACGAGCUCUUCUUCUCUCGGCUUGGCUAUGUUGACGAAACGACGGCGAGGAUAGUCGUGCGUUCCCCAAUUUCCCCCGUCACAUAUGUCGAGAUCACUUGGAGUCCAUCAUCGCGUUCUGGCGAUGAACCGCCGAGGUCGACGACAAUCUCAGUGGCCGAGUCAAACGAUUACGUCGGGACAUUUUCUCUCGAUGGCCUCGAGCCAGACACGGAAUACACCUACGGCACGAACGCGAGCCAUUCUGGCGUCUUCAGAACGGCCGCAGCAUCACCGAAACGCUGGAGUCUCAUCUCUACGAGCUGCAUCAAGCCCUUCUACCCGUACAGUCCGGCAGAUCACGCUCUGCGCAUACGAGGCCUGGAGCACCUGGACCGCUACCUGGCGACAGACCCAGCCGACAUGAUGCUCUUCCUCGGCGACUUCAUCUACAUCGAUCUGCCAGUCGCGCUUGGCUGGACGACGGAGCACUACACGACCGCGUAUCGCCAAGUCUACGCUUCGCCUAGCUGGUCGCCUGCGCUGCGUUCGCUGCCAUGGCUGCACGUCUACGACGACCACGAGAUCAUCAAUGAUUGGGCGGCGAACGAGACGGGCCUGUACCAGUCCGCGAUGCAGCCGUUCUGGGCAUACCACGGACACGCCAAUCCCGCUUCGCAGUUCGGCCAGGGCGAGACGUACUACACGUUCCGCCGCGGGGACGUGUCGUUCUUCGUGCUCGACACGCGUCGCUACCGGUCCGCCGAGGCCCUGGAAGACGGGCCCGGAAAGACGAUGCUCGGCCCCGCGCAGCUGUCCGACCUGCAGCGCUGGCUCAGGGCCGAGAAGGCGUGGAAGGUGGUCGUCAGUAGCGUGCCAUUCACCCGGAACUGGAGAGGCGCGGAUGCGGCUGAUAGCUGGGCCGGGUACCUUUGGGAGCGAGACAUGCUCUUGGACGCGAUGAGACAGACGGACGGCGUCAUCAUCUUGAGCGGGGACCGCCAUGAACAUGCGACGACGGUGUUCCCGCCUAACGAAAAGGGCGGCAAGGCGGUCAUCGAGUUCUCGACGUCGCCACUGAACCAGUUCUACGAGCCGUUCGAUCGGUUCCACCGGCAGAUCGAGGAUACGGACGUCUCGGUCUACUCCCAUCCGUGGGGUAACUCGAAGUUCGGUAAGGUCAGCUUCGACACAUCGGAGCCCAACCGUCUCAAGGUCAAGUAUGACCUCGUCGUCGAUGGGGAAAAGGUAUGGGAUUAUAUGUGGGAGUACACGAGGAGCCCUGUUGGCUUGUAG